UCCGCAGUGCGGCUGCGCGCGCCGCCCGGCAGUUCCGGUGGGUCCGUCCCCCCCGCCCGGGCCGGCGCCGCCACACGGGCGGCUCCGAGCGCAGCCGGCCGAGCCAUGGCCCAGCCCGCCGGGGCCCCCGCCGGCCAGCACCCCUACAGCAACGGCCCUGUUCAAAAUCAGCUGAUGCAUUCUCCAGAUGGCCAGGGGUACAGCCCUGCAGUUCCAGGAUCGUACUCCCAUCAGAUGCCGGCAAAGGUUCCUCCACACCAGUCUCCUGGACAGUAUAGCUAUAGUGGCUCUCAGAAUGUUUCUCAAUUAAACAAUUACCAAGGACCUGGCCAGACUCUCAACAGACCACCAGUGGCAGCUUUCUCUGGGUCACCAGUACAACAGCCAGGUCCUGUUCCACAAGUGCUGCCGCCUGCAUUACUGAACUCAGCUGCUGUAUCAUCUGCUGGGAGUUUUGCUCCCGGAGCCAGCCCAGCGGUGCUCUCAAACUGGCAGUACAGCCAGACUCCUGUGAGUCAGCCUCUUGGGGCUCAACCAAGCCAUUUGGCUCCUGUGCCUGGGACAGGGUCAGCUCAGCCGCCGUCGUCGCUAUCAGGAAGUACAAAUCCUGCAGGGAGUUAUCAGUAUGCUGCUUCUCCGGGGGGUCCUCCACUGCAGAACAGCUACAUGAAGCCAGGAUCUGCACCUCCACCAGUGACUCAGCCUUUAACUCCACUCCACCCUCCAAGGCCACCUUUAGGACCUCCACCUGUUGGUGGGCCUAGGCCACCACCAGCAGUAGCAGGACCCCCUAGUGCACAGUCUCUGCUACAAUCACCUGCAAACCAGGAAGGUGAUGCCAGAUCUGCUGCCAGUGAUGUGUCUGUAGUGCAGAACAGCUAUGACACAAUUGAAGGUGGUGGCCUCAUGGCAACUCCACAUCAGUCUCCUGCAGCCCCGAAUCUUAAGAUGAACAGAAGUGUUGGGUAUUCUUACCCUGCCUUACCUCCAGGCUACCAACAUACUUCUCCACCUGGAGCACCAGGGAUGAAUGCAUCUGCUUUGCAAUAUCCAGAUGGAUCAAAACAUUUCCACCAGCCUGUCCUAGGCACUAAUCACUUAACUGCAUCAAUGGGUGGCCUGAGUCUACAGCAGGAAGGGUUGAGACCUGUGAAUCUUCUUCAAGAAAGAAAUAUUCUUCCUACCACCCUUUUGAAGGCUCCUGUCCCCAACUUGCAUGAAGACAUCCAAAAGCUCAACUGCAAUCCUGAGUUGUUCCGCUGUACCCUGACUAACAUUCCUCAAACUCAGGCCUUAUUGAAUAAAGCCAAACUUCCUUUGGGGCUCCUGCUUCAUCCUUUCAAAGACUUAUCGCAACUGCCAGUGGUCACUUCCAGUAUUAUUGUGAGAUGCCGUUCCUGCCGGACGUACAUCAACCCUUUUGUCAGCUUCCUAGACCAAAGGAGAUGGAAAUGCAAUUUGUGCUAUAGAGUCAAUGAUGUUCCUGAAGAAUUCCUGUAUAAUCCUGUGACAAGAGUUUAUGGAGAACCUCAUAAAAGACCUGAAGUCCAGAAUGCUACUAUUGAGUUUAUGGCUCCAUCUGAAUACAUGCUGCGUCCACCUCAGCCACCUGUGUACCUCUUUGUGUUUGAUGUCUCUCACAAUGCAAUAGAGACAGGAUACUUGAAUACAGUCUGCCAGACCUUGUUAGACAAUCUUGACUCGCUUCCUGGGAACACUAGAACAAAAAUAGGCUUCAUAACAUUUGACAGCACAAUCCAUUUCUACAGUCUUCAGGAAGGUCUUUCUCAGCCUCAGAUGCUUAUAGUUUCAGAUAUUGAAGAUGUAUUUAUACCAAUGCCAGAAAAUUUAUUAGUAAAUUUAAAUGAAAAUAAAGAGCUAAUCCAAGAUCUGCUGAAGACGUUGCCACAGAUGUUCACCAAGUCCCUGGAAACUCACAGUGCUCUGGGGCCUGCGUUGCAGGCUGCCUUCAAGCUGAUGUCCCCCACUGGAGGUAGAAUCACUGUCUUCCAGACACAGCUCCCGUCUCUGGGAAUGGGAGCGCUGAAGUCACGAGAAGAGCCAAACCAAAGAGCAACAGCAAAGGAUAUACAUCUGACACCAUCGACAGAUUUUUACAAGAAGUUGGCCUUGGACUGCUCAGGGCAACAGGUUGCAGUGGAUUUAUUUCUUCUUAGUGGGCAAUAUUCUGACUUGGCUUCUCUAGGUUGUAUAUCAAGGUAUUCUGCAGGUAGUGUCUACUACUACCAGUCUUACCAUCAUAAACACAACCCUGUCCAGGUGGAGAAAUUGCAAAAGGAACUGAAGCGAUAUUUAACUAGAAAAAUUGGAUUUGAGGCUGUCAUGAGGAUAAGAUGCACCAAAGGUCUUUCCAUUCAUACUUUCCACGGGAACUUCUUCGUACGAUCCACAGACUUGUUGUCAUUACCCAACGUAAACCCAGAUGCGGGAUACGCUGUGCAAAUGUCAGUGGAAGAGAGUCUUACAGACAUGCAGGUUGUUUCUUUUCAGUCAGCUCUCCUGUACACCUCCAGCAAAGGUGAAAGACGAAUUCGUGUCCACACAAUGUGCUUACCUGUUGUCACAACACUGAGUGAUGUGUACCUAGGGGCAGAUGUGCAGGCCAUCACAGGGCUCUUAGCCAAUAUGGCUGUGGACCGCUCGGUCUCCGCCACGCUGAGCGAUGCCCGCGAUGCCCUGGUGAAUGCAGUGAUCGAUUCCCUGGCUGCUUAUCGCUCCUCCGUGCUCAGCAUCCAGCAGCCCGGGCUCACAGCUCCCCACUCCCUGCGCCUCUUCCCACUCUACAUACUGGCACUCUUAAAGCAGAAAGCAUUUCAAACUGGGACAAACACACGUCUGGAUGAACGCAUCUUUACCAUGUGUCAGGUGAAAAACCAGCCCCUUGUUUACCUCAUGCUCAUGACACAUCCCAGUCUGUACAGAGUCGAUAACCUCACAGAUGAGGGGGCUCUUAACAUAAAUGACAGAACUAUACCUCAGCCACCCCUUCUCCAGCUGUCAGUGGAGAAGCUGAGUAGGGAUGGUGCUUAUCUUAUGGAUGCUGGCUCUGUGAUGUUUCUGUGGGUCGGGAAGAACUGUGGCCAGGGCUUCAUCAACCAAGUCCUUGGAGUUCCAAAUUAUGGCUCAGUACCACAGAAUAUGACACAUCUCCCAGAACUUGAAACGGCAGAAUCCAUCAGAACACGAGCGUUCGUUUCUUGGCUGAGAGAACAGAGACCUUUCUUUCCUAUACUAUAUAUAAUAAAGGAUGAGAGUCCAUUGAAAUCAAGUUUUCUGCAAAAUAUGAUUGAAGACAGAACAGAAUCAGCCUUAUCAUACUAUGAAUUCCUCCUUCAUAUACAACAGCAAGUGAAUAAAUGAAAUGCUGGCCUUUGGCUUACUUCUUUAAGGAAAGAUUUUGCAGUAAAGAAUGAUUGUGCUUGUAAUACCUUCAUUAAAUCUGUGGCCUGAGGCAGUUGAUGAGAAGUUCUCACUGUGAUUUCAACGAACUAAAGCAAAUAAAGGACCACAUCUGAGAAUCAAAUGUGCAACUACGUAAUAUUGUACCUUAAAAAAAUCAAACUGUUGGAACCGGUUGAGCACCUUUAAUUUGCUGCAAAUCGUGUUUUUACUGUAAGUAGUUGCAGCAUGAACUACAUUUACAAGGGCAAUACUGAGAAGGUGAAAUACAUUUUGUAAAAUAAAGAGUUCUUUGUUGUUCAAAAUGUA